AAUUCGGUAAUGUGCUCAAUGUGGCUACUGACAAAUUCGACAAUAUGGUUACUGACAAAUUCGGUAACCCGGUCACUACUUAUCGACCUUCGGAAUCAAGUAAGUCGAGUGAGUCGCUGAAGGUGGAUACGCAGAAGAGUGAACUGAACUUUAUUUCAAAACCACAUUUGAUGAGGAAUGUCUGCUUUGUGGGUCAGACAGCCCAUGGAAAAACAAUUUUUGUCGAUAAUCUGAUUGAAGUGAGUCUCAAGAUUCCAGGCGUUGAUGAUAUGGGAAGAGCUAUAAGGUAUGGAGGUGAUAGCGGUGGGUACGGUGUUGGGUAUGGAGUAAGGUGAAACAAAAUUGGGUUAAAACUGAACCGAACUGAAUAAAAAAUAUGGUUCAGUUUGGUUUUGAAAAAAAAAAUAUUUCGAUUUUCGGUUUAGUUUCGGUUUUAGAAAUUGACAAACCGAAAAAUCGACAAAACCGAAAUUUCAGGCCCAGCUAUGGAGUGAUGGUGGUGGGUCUGGUAAUAAUGUAAUAUCACCAGUUUGACCCUAUGCUAUUCUCUUUGGUCUUAAUUAGAUAUACAGAUACUCGAGAUGAUGAAAAAUACAGAAAAAUGUCUAUAAGAUCUACCCCCAUUUCAUUGGUGCUAGAGGAUCUUACUGGCAAUUCUUAUCUCAUCAACAUAAUUGACGUCCCGGGACAUCUAGAUUUCUCUGAUGAGAUGACAAGUUCUUUGAGGCUCACUGAUGGGGCUGUUCUGGUAGUUGAUGCCUCUCAAGGCGUCUUGGUCAGCACUAGGAAGGCAAUCACUCAUGCUAUUCAAGAACAUCUUCCAAUUGUUGUUGUUAUUAAUAAGGUUGAUCAUUUGUUCAGUGCGUUUAGAAUGACCCCUGAAGAAGCAUAUAAGCACUUGGAGCAGCUUAUAUCAUCCAUAAAUGAUCAUAUUACUACUGAAGAGGGUGGGCUCCAUGUAAAUCCACUCACUGGCAACAUAUGUUUCUCCAGUGCAUUGUUUGGGAUCUCGUUUACCUUAUCUUCGUUUGCAAAAAAACAUGUAGCCAAUUUUGGACUGAAAUGUGAUGCGUUGGAGUUUGCGUCUCAUCUUUGGGGGGAUUCCUACUAUGAUGCAGACAAGAAAGCUUUUAUGAAGGAACCUCCUGCAGUUGGAAGGGAAAGGUGUUUUGUUCAGUAUAUUUUAGAACCCUUCAAUAGGCUGCGUACUCAAGUUCUUGAGAAUGAUCAAGAUAAUCUGAAGAAAACACUCUUUGAAUUUGGUGUAAGACUUCCUGAUGAGACAUUGACUAUCAAACGUUUUGAAGAUUGUCAUCUGUUGAUGAGGCUAGCAUUUAGCUCAGUCUUUGGUAAAGUGACAGGAUUCACUGACAUGGUGGUACAUCACAUCCCCAGUGUCAAAGAAGCUGCCUCAAGGAAGGUUAAUCGUAUAUAUAGAGGCUGUAAAAAAUCACUGAUAAAGUCGAUGUGUAAUUGUGAUAAAGCUGGGCCGCUUAUGGUUGAUAUCACUAAGCUCUACCCAACUUCAGAUUGCAGCGGUUCUUAUGCUCUUGGUAGAGUUUAUAGUGGUGUUAUCCGAAAAGGACAGGCUGUUUGUGUAUUGACUGAAGAUUUUGAGGAUGAGGGUGAUAUGGCCGAGGUCACAAAUAUUUGGUUGUACCAAGCGUGCUAUAGAGUACCUAUAAUUGAAGCUUCACCGGGUUCAUUGGUUGUCAUUGAGGGAGUCAGUGAUGGUAUUGAAAAAAGUGCAACUCUUUGUGACGAAAAGGGUUUUGAUUUUUUCAUCCCGCCUCAAUUCAACACACCUUCAGUUUUGAAGGUAGUGUUUGAAGCUUCUAACCCCUUUGAACUUGGGGCUGUCCUAACACAGCUAUGCAAAACCUUUCCUCUUGCAACUGUUAAGAGAAUAAAGUAUUAUGGGGGGAUUGAAAUUCAAGGCCCAGGGAAGCUAUACCUUGACUCUAUCAUAAAAGAACUAAGAAUUUACUCGAAAGUAAAAAUAAAGAUUCUGCAUUGGGCUGUGUUGUACCGUGAAACAGUGCUUGAAUCUUCAGAGAAGUGUUUUUCUACAACUAAGAACAAGUGCACCAUAGCCAUGAUUGCAGAACCCUUAGAUGAAAUUGCAGAGGAUCUCCACAUGGGGAUCCUAAUAUACUGUUAGAUUGCACGCUUCCUGCUGAAGUUGAUAAGAUAAAGAUGAAUUCUGUGAAGGAUGAGAUUGUUAGGAGUUUUUACACUGCUUUGAAGAACGGUCCACUCGAUGGUCAGCCAAUCAGACAAGUAAAAUUCAGCAUUGUUGAUGCUGCUUUUCCUCCUGAGUCGUCGGAUGCACCAUACAGCCUCUCGAUUUAUGAUCUCAUUCAUUCCACUCUUCUUCAUGCAACACCUCAUCUUAUGGAGGCAAUUUUUUAUGUGGAGAUUCAAACAUUUGAAAAUUAUUUGCCCGACAUUGAGAGGUUUUUGUCCCGUGAGCAUGGCUAUAUAACUGCUAAUGAGGCACGACAAACCACCGCUGUUCGCUUAGUGAAGGUUUUUUAAUUUAUUUUCUUGUUUUUUUCUUUUUUCUGUUUAUUAUUAGCAUGCUCAUAUUUAUUCUUAAUGCAAUCAUGAUUACUCUAACUCUAAUUCUAGGCCUUUUUACCGGCUCGUGGCUUGAUUGAUUUUGAUGAUGGUCGACUGCUGGGUACUAAAAACCAAGCAAUAGCAUGUUGUCUGUUCAGCCAUUGGGCUGUAGUCCCAUCACAUCCAAAGUCUGUGGUUGGACGAGAAUGGUUUGUAGCCUGACAUUGUUUGUAGAGAAAAAAAACCAGUUGUGUGAACGUUGGUUGAUAUGAUCUUGCCAUUAAAGUUGUGGGAACGUUGGUUAAUGUGCAUAUUAAUCUCAAUUGUACAUAAACUCAGUUGCACAUGUUUCAGAUAAUAAACUUUUCUUAUCUGUCUCUUGUUUCUCUUUCUUUAUUAUCUAAAUUCUCUUUCUGUUCUGCUCUUUAAUUCUCUUCAUUUCCUUUUUAUUAUAUGAUCUUUCCUCUUCUUCCGGCUUCUCUGUUACCAAUACAGCCAAACAAUCAAGAUCACCCACUUCCUGAAUACCCAUUUCUACUGAUUGCACACCACCUGUUUCUUUUGUUUUUUCCUUUGAUGGGAAUAAACGAUUAUCACAAGUGCAAGUGCACUUUCUUAGUACAUGCUUCAAGUUUCUGCCCUACUAAUGUUUCACCCUUCUUGAAAAGAGAUUAUAAGGAUAGGGGAUCAUUGUUAUUAUGAACCAUAGGUCUAUUGAAGGGAAGAAUGUUAGUGUCCUCACUGAUUGUUUAUAUGUUUUAGUGAGGAUCUCCAUUAGCAGAUAUUUGCUAUUUUAGCAUUUGAAAUGUCCAUGUUAGCUACUCACUAUUGAAAAGCUCAUACUGAUUAUCAAUUAUUCAAUAGCUGAGAGAGGUGAUAAAUUCAAUAACUGAUAUUAUGAAACCAUUAGCUAAUAUCCAAAUUAGAAGGCGUUUAUAGUUUUGGUGUCGUUUGAGUGUAUGUUCAACUAAAAAUGUCCAUUUUUAGUUGCAUGUAAAGUGUUUAAUAAGAUGUCCAAGUGAUUAAUCUUUUGUAGUGGGCUACUUUGGGUUGCUAUAAUAAUGACUCUUUGGGGCUGUAAUCAUGGCUUAAUAGUGGUUGUAUAAAUGGUGAAUGAUGGUUCUUUGGUGGUUGAAAUGGAGCUCCUUAGUUGAGCUAUAUAGGUGUAAAUGUGUGGGUGUUUGGAGAUUGUUGCAAGCUGUUUCUUGUUGUACUUGUGGUACAUUGAUAUCGUUGGGAGCAAUUUAUAGGUGGUGUUUGGACUGCAAUGGUGGAAUUGGUGGUGAUUCGUGGUGUUGUGCGUGAGGGGCCUUUAAGCAGCAUUACGGUUGUUUAAUGGUAUGAUGUUUGUACUUGUAGAGCACUUUGGUGCUAACUAAAGAUAAUAGUGGCUGUUCUACAGCAUAUUAGAAUUAGAUUGCAGGGUAUGUUAGUGGAUGGUAACUUGCAAAAUAUAGGUGAUAUUCCAUGCUUAAUUUUUUUCCUCUAUCAACUUCAAUGUAUAAUAUCAAUACUUGAAUACAAAGUAAUUGAGAUUAUUAAGUCUAUAGCUGAUAUGCACAAGGAGUGCUUAUAAAAUAGGACAGGCUAAAAUGGCAUUUGUUUUACUUUGGUCUAAAGAAUUCUAAUUGUUGGGUUUAUUUCCUUCAAAUUAGGGAGUGGAAGCUUUUGUUGCAUAUUAUUAGGAUGGCAGUUUGUUGUUAGUGGCACCAUAUCAGUUUGUUGUUAGAGUUGUUCCACCUUUUAAGUAGUUGGUCAAUCUUAUGAUGAGAUCAUGGGAUGAUUUCCUAAAUUUUAGCUUUUACUGUUAUUUUCUAUUAGUAUAAGAUGUUGCCUUGUACUUGUUAUUUUUGGUGUGGAAAUAUUAUUCAGUUUUGUGGAGUAUGUCGUUGUUUUCUUUUCCUACCUUUUUCUUUCUCUACUCAAAAUAUAAUUUAACACUAAUAUCCAUAAUACAUUCAUUUCAUGGCUUUGCACAUUGAAUGGUUUAUAGUAGAGCAUAAGAGUUAUGAAGUAUUAGUUUUUGCUUUGGAAGCAGCUAAUUGUAGGGCCAUGGUAGAGUGAAAAUUUGCAUUGACAUUGAAUUAUUAGGCUUUGUAGGAUGAUUCUUUGGUGGCUAUCCUAAGUGAUAGUCACCGAAGCCAAUAAAAGUCAAAUAAAUCUCAUUCAUUAAUUCUUACACACUUUUUUUUUUUUUUUUUUUUUUUUUUUUUUGCAAAUGAGCCACAAGGGCAGGUACAUAUUUACAAUGGGAGAGGGGGGAAUAUGAGGAUUCGAACCUCUGACCUCAAGAAUCAAAGGUGGAGUUGAAGCCACUGCUCCAAACCCCUUCCUCAAUAUACAUGUAUUUCCUAUACACAUUAUGUAUAAUAUACAUGUAAUUUCUCACUUAUUUAAUACCUUGUAGCAGUUAAGUAUCUUAUAGGAAUACAUAUUGUUUCUUUUCUCUAUUAAACUGACGUUAUUUUGUUCUUGGUUUCCAUGGUAGGCCUUGUAACCACCAUGGAAGAUUUGAUCGCCAUUGUUGAUGGAAAGUCGUUUAUUGAAGAUAGUGAUGUUGUAUUCGUUUCUUUUCAUUAGUUAUAAUGUAUUUAUUAUGAUUGAGUUUAAACAAGUCUUUGAAUUUAUUGUGAUGGUGAUCAAAUCUUUUAGAAUGAUGUUGAUGCUAAAUUGUGUAUAUCACAAUUAAUCUUUUUGUAAUGGUUUGAUUUGUUCAAUGGAUCAGAUUUUAAUUAUAGUUGUUUAAUUAGUUCAUUAGAAUCUUAUCAUCAAUGGAGUUUGGGAUUGAAAAAAAAUAAAUACUUUUUUUGUUGUUGCUAAUAUCAUCAAUGGAGCUUUUGGUUACGGUGGAUAAGGCAUAGAAAAGAAUGAAGAAGAAGGCAUCACCCAUGUUAUAUAAGAGAUGAAAAAGGGAAAAAAAGCAAUUAUCUUGGGAUUGUCCAAAAUUAGGAGAAUUGAAUACGGUGGUUUUUUUUAGGGUGGUGGCUGGGGGGAUGGGGUUCCUUAUUGCCUGAGGUGGAGGUGUGGUGGGCGGAGGUCUGGUCGGAAAUGCCAUUCAUGGAGGUGUGGAAUUGAAAGGGAGGAAGAAGAUGAAGAGGAAAGAAAAGAAAAAAA